CCUCUCUCCGCCCCCAGGGGAGGAGGGGUGGGACAACUCUUUCCUUUCGUCAUUUCCGGCUCCCUGUCACUCCUGAGCUAACAGCAGAGUGUGCGGCAGCAGGAACGGAGCGAUGCCCAAAUCAAAGGAACUUGUUUCUUCAAGCUCAUCUGGGAGUGAUUCUGACAGUGAAAUUGACAAAAAGGCAAAAAGGAAAAAGCAAGCUCUUCCAGAAAAACCCAUUAAGAAGCAAAAGACAGGAGAAAGUUCUAAAGCACCAGCUUCAUCCAAGCAAAGCAGCAGCCGAGAUGAUCAUAUGUUCCAGAUUGGAAAAAUGAGAUAUGUCAGUGUUCGGGACUUCAAAGGAAAAGUCCUAAUUGAUAUUAGAGAAUACUGGAUGGAUCAAGAAGGUGAAAUGAAACCUGGUAGGAAAGUUUGUGGUCUCCCUACCCCAAGUUAGCUUCAUCAGCGAUAUCCAGAGUCCUAGCCUGGGGCCUGUACCCUGGGAGCUGCUUAACCCUCUAGAACUAAGGUGAUUGACCUGGGUUCCUAUGGAUCUUUGGAGAAAACCUUACUUGGUACUGGAUUUGGUUGUUACUCAGCAAAUUUGUGCAUGCCUGCUUGGUUUGCUAAUUUCCUGAUGACUGUGCUAUCCCUGCAGAUUAUUUUUUGCUCUAAUUGCUUAUCAAGAUUGCAUAAGAAUGUGUUUCAAAAUUGAAAGAUACAGUAGUCCAUCAAAAUGGAGCUGGUGUGUAAGAGUAAUAAUGAUCUUGUUUGGCCUGACCAGAGAAGGCUUUGUGGGGAAAUAAAGUACUACAUAGCAGUAAUAAAGUUUUUUUUUUCCUUUUUUAAACUCUUAAUGGUAUUCAAGAUCGAUAAUCUAAAAUUUAAAUUGUGAUAUUUUAGUUGUAGUUACAUUUGUAAAGAUUU